AUUGUGGCUGCCUAUGUUUCCCGAUUUUACUGCUCCAACUUCCGUAUUAGCUGUGUUGAACGAAACUCCAGCUGAGUGGCGCCGGAAUCCAUUAUGUCUGUAGUGUCACGUAUUUAUUAGAUUGAUUCAAGAACAAUGGAAUGUUUAUACCUCUGCAGUGUCCUUUUGUAUCUGGAUAUUUCCUUUCGUUGACAUUCUCGUACAAUAAUGCGGCUGAGGGUAUUGACUCUCAAGACAGAGAUGGGAAGGAAAAUGAUAUGACUGAUGGAAACAAAAAUGAUACUCCAUUUAGCAAUAUUUAUGCAGCAUCUUCAACAUCUACAACUUCCCAAACAGUGGUUGUUCCUGAAUCAUGUGUGGAUCGCUCUGGACAUAACCGAAACAAAUGUCCCCAGGAUGUGUCCUGUGCUAACCUUCCAAAAGAUUGUUUUGAAUGCAGUUUCAACUGUACUUGUGUUUAUGGACAAGAAGUAGAGGUCAAAUGUUAUCCAAGAGCAAAAUCAUCAUCAUGUGAGGAAAUUAGCAUGAAUAUGACAUGCCGUUAUUGCUACCAAACUGAACAUUGGGAACAUACUUGUGAAGGCACUGACAAUUGUCAAGCUGUCAGUUCACCUAGAGAAAUGUUCACGUCAAAUUGUACAGUGAACAGUGAUAUAUUAUGUCUGGGGAAUCGUAGUUUCCCAAAGAGGUUACCAUGUAAUUGGACAUCUGGAUACAAAUGGUCAACAGCCUUACUUCUGUCUAUUACCCUUGGAGGCUUUGGUGCUGACAGAUUUUACUUAGGGCACUGGCAAGAAGGUAUUGGAAAGUUGUUUAGCUUCGGUGGUCUUGGUGUGUGGACCAUCAUGGAUGUAAUAUUGAUUGCCAUUAGGUAUUUAGGACCAGCAGAUGGGUCCCUGUAUAUAUAAAGUUAAGUUAUUACUGAAAUAAAAAUAUAAAAAUU